AUGACGGAUCCAGCGAUGUAUCCAGGCCUGGCUAUCCUGCCGACCGAACUCGUAAGCCAUAUCAGCAUGUUUCUAGAAGCCGAGGACUUCGGCUCCCUCCGGUUGACGUGCAAGGUCUGGCUUUCAUUCUCCGGUCUAUCAGUUUUCCUCCAUCUCACCAAGAUCCCGGAAUUUCGAGAUAAGAUCGAGCGUAUCGAACUACAUCGACCUCACAUGACGGAUGACAACGAUCUGUCGGACUACGAGAGGUAUCUGCGACAAGAAGCGGAGGAUGCCUUUAUCUAUUCAACCGAGGCACGGGAUCUCCUUGCAGAGAUCUUCCGAAACCUGAGAAAUGCAAAAGCCUUGAUAUCUAUAGAACCGUGGUUUGAAGGAUACGAUACCGUCUUAGGCGCCCUGACGAAAGCUCAAUUUCCGCGGAAGCUGGUAAUCCUGCGCAUGUACCCACGAAAUAUGGCCGUCGACCCCGGCUACCAAGCUUUGGUUGAGAAUCUCGCCCUAUAUUCUCCACACAUCAAGGGGCUAUUGUUGCUCGAGGUUGAACAAGGUCCGCCCAGAGAAUCAGGGGCCAAUAUCAAGGAGAUACUGAAAGAGAACAAGGAAGGAUUCCACAUCAAGAACUUCCGUUCUAGCGAUUCAAAUCCAGGAUUCUCGCAGUUAGUCUCAGCCAGUCGAGGGAUGGAGGAGCUAUGUCUGUUCGGGUGCUGUGGGGCUGCGCCAUGCCUCCGGAUUUGCCAUGGCUGUGAAGACCUGUUUGUCACGAACUUCGCCAAGACCCUUCAUCCUCACCUCUCAACGCUCUUGCUCUGCAGCAUCUACAUCAGCGGCAGCCAGCUCCGGCGAUUUCUCAAGCUCCACGAUGCCACACUUCAGCACAUCGAAAUCUAUAGCGUAACACUGACGGAUAUGUCGUGGAAGUUUGUUGCACGAGGGCUGAUGAAGAUGUCUAGUCUCCAGGUCCUGGAGAUCGAUGGCCGCAUCUAUCAGAAGGGUGCGGAAGCACAUCCUGUGCGUCGCCCAACCACCUACGUGGCCUUGCGUCAGGAAACAUAUUGCUAUUGGAAGGUUCAGGGACAGGAGAAUCUGCGUCACUUUUUGGGCGAAUUCAUCAAAUACUUCCAGACUCAUCCACCUGUUCGACUUAAUAUGCCGCAUGUUCGACGUACUGCGCCCAAUUAUUACGAACCUGUCUUAUUCUCUAUUCCCGGUGUUACCACGUCGAUGCUUGGCUCCGAGGAUGCUUCCAGCACGUCGUCAUAA